UUUUCACACAAACAUGGUGCUAAAUCCACGAUGCUGGCCCAUUAAGGAGAAGACACUCGUCGUCUUCUGUCGCGGAAAACACGAGAGAACGCCAAAGGCAACUAAAAGGCGAACUCCCCAUCUUCAUUACCACAAUCAGAAUCAAGAUCACAAGUACUCCUUUUUCCACGUAGAGAAUGAUACUCGAGCCUUCUUCAUCUCGAUUGGGAAGAGUCGGCUGCACCACAAGGAUUGGUUUCUGGUGGACGAGAGGGGGAAGUUCCUUCAGAACGGUACAUCCAUCUACGACUACUACACAAAAAUCGACUGCGUGUACAAAAGGAUUCGGUUUCUAGAAAGACUGCUUAACGAUUGCUUGGAUAAGGAAAAUAGAACACAAGAGAACUUUACGAACCCCGAGUUGAUGGCUAUACAUUUUCCCGAAACCAAAGCUCCCACCUACACGGUGUCCAUAGGCGAAAAUACCCUAUGUUUUAACUGGGUAAUAUGCUUUCUGGGGCUAUUGCUUCUGCUUUGCUGCCUGAAAUAAACUCAUACAUAUUAUAGUCACAACA